AUGCGAAUCGAAGCAUGGCACGCUGGUGUGAUCCUCAUCCCUACACUCGUCCUGCUCCAUCUGGUGGUCGCGCCCUACAACAAGGUCGAGGAGUCAUUCAACAUACAGGCCGCACAUGACUUCUUAACGUACGGCAUCUCACUGGAUCGCCCUGUUGCGCGCAUAAAGGCGUUCUACGAUCAUGUCAAGUUUCCCGGCGCCGUGCCGCGUACCUUCAUUGGUGCACUUGUGUUGGCUGGGCUUUCGAAUCCAUUCGUGGCUCUGCUGAGUCUUGAUCUACCGCAACAGCAGACCUUAGUCCGAGCAGUGUUAGGUCUGCUUACAGCGGCCUCAGUCGUCUUUUACGCAUUCGGCGUUCGCAAGGCCUAUGGCAAGGUCACGGCAUCGUGGUUCGUUGCUUUCCAGGCAAGCCAGUUCCACGUCACCUUCUAUGCAUCUCGCACUUUGCCCAAUACUUUUGCUUUCGUUCUAACCACAUUCGCCCUGCGAUUCACCCUCCCUGAGCCAGCCAGCCGCAUGUCUCCCACUAAGCGGCUCAGACUCGCAAUCUACAUCAUGACCAUAACGACCAUCAUCUUCCGCUCCGAGAUCGCACUACUUCUAGCUGGACAUGGCCUUCUCGCACUGCUCCCAUCAACUUCCCUGGCCCGCGCAAUCUCGACAGUCCGCUCAGUCCUCCUUCCCGCGGUGCUAACGGCCACAGUUGCUGGUCUGCUGCUCACCGUCUCAAUCGACACGUUCAUGUGGCAGACUUCCAGAUUCGUUUGGCCCGAAGCCGCCGCUUUCCUCUCCAAUGUCUUCCCACCACCCGGCUCGCAGGGUGCCUCCGCAUGGGGCACCUCGCCGUGGCACUGGUAUCUGACGUCCGCCAUCCCUCGACUGACGCCAACACCAGCAUUGCUACUCCUUCCGAUCUCUGCCGUUCUCGUCCCAACCCUCCGCCAGACACUUCUGCCACUGCUGCUCCCGGUGGGAGUUUAUGUCACCUUGUACUCGAUUCUCCCACACAAGGAAACACGCUUCCUCUUCCCCAUCGUCCCCACACUCAACACUGUCCUCGCUCUAGUCGCGACUCACAGCACGAACCGUAUCAGCCGGUCCAGACUUCAACAACUAGUCACUCUCAGCCUUAUCGUCUCAACAACCAUCACUUUCCUGGUAUCCCACCUAAUCCUCCUCCCGCUCUCCGCCCUCACCUACCCCGGUGGCGCCUCGCUUUCUCUCGUGCACGCCAAUGCCGCACAGACGCCCCACGUCAUGAGACAGAGCGACGUCCACGUGCAUCUGACCAACCUGGCGCUGCAGACGGGCGUAACUAGGUUCCUGGAGCACCGAGCUCCGACACCACAUCACAGGGACCACUCAGAGCCGCGCAAGGGUAUGAUGAGCGCCUCGACACCGAGAUUCCGAUACGACAAGUCGACGAACGCCACCGGCCUUUACCUCAAAGCAGGCUUCUGGGCGCGCUUCGACUAUAUUGUCGUGGAGGAAGCGGUGGCUGCCGACGUGGUUCAGAUCUUUCAGACGGUCACUGACAAUAUGGAUGACUUGUCUUGGUCUACGGUAGCACGCGUCCCGGGCCUGGGGCGUCCUGUCUUGACCAACAUCGUGGAAGCCCGCCGCAAUGCGCCCAACAAGUCUCGCAGGGAUAGUCUACAAGAUUUGUUCAGCCGGAUGUACGGGAGGGGAUCUCUGCUUGCGAGGCUGUUCACGGAAGUUCAUGGCGCGGCCAGACAGGUAUUGGCCGAGGAUGCAUGGGUUCCUUCCAGCGGUGGGAGGAGCCUGACGAGAGGAUGGUGGGUUGAGUGGGCUGGUACUGAGGAAGGGGCCUUAGUUGUUAUGCAGCAGCGAAGGAGAAGGUAG